AUGGCGUCCCCCGCCCUGACCUUCGUCCGGAGGCUAUGUUGGCGGUCGCCCUGCGGGACAAGGCCAACACAAGCUGCUUGUGUUCCAGCAAUUCACCUGCACAUGACUGCAGCCACCAUGCAGGUCAGCCAGAAGGACUUCCAAAAGGCUCAAGAAGAGCUGAAGCUUUUGAAAAAAGAUCCUGGGAAUGAAACUAAGUUGAAACUCUAUGCCCUGUUUAAACAGGCUACUGAAGGUCCCUGCAAUGCUCCAAAACCAGGUAUGCUGGACUUCGUCAAGAAAGCCAAGUGGGAUGCAUGGAACUCUCUUGGCAAUUUGUCUAAGGAUGAUGCCAGACAGAAAUAUGCAGAACUUGUCUCAAGUCUGGUCUCUGCAGAAUCUACUAGCCAGAAGAAAGAAGUUUCUCCAGAAGAGGGCAGACAUGAUGGCUAUGAAACAUUAAUAGUUACUACCAAAAACAACAUCACAAAGAUAAUGUUUAACCGACCUGAUAGGAAAAAUGCCAUCAACCAUCAGAUGUACAGAGAAAUUAUCAAAGCACUUCAAGAAGCUGGAAAAAAUGAUUCUACCAUAGCAGUUAUUACUGGAAAUGGAGACUACUAUAGUAGUGGAAAUGAUCUGAAUAAUUUCACUAAUGUCAAGCCUGGUGAAAUGAAGAAGAUGGCAAAAGAUGGAGCAGUAUUACUCAAAGAGUUUGUGGGUCAUUUUAUUGAUUUUCCUAAACCACUGAUUGCAGUGGUAAAUGGCCCAGCUAUUGGAGUCUCUGUAACACUCCUUGGUUUGUGUGACCUUGUCUAUGCUUCUGACAGGGCUACGUUUCACAGCCCAUUUAGUCAACUUGGGCAGAGCCCAGAAGGAUGUUCCUCUUACCUGUUCCCAAAAAUUAUGGGCUUAGCCAAGGCAAGUGAGAUGUUGCUUUUCAAUAAAAAGCUGACUGCAGCAGAAGCCUGUGCCCAGGGACUUGUGACUGAAGUCUUCCCUGACAGCAGUUUUCAGAAGGAAGUUUGGGCAAGAUUGGAAGCUUAUGCAAGCCUCCCCAAAAAUUCCUUGGCAGUGUCCAAGCAGCUGUUACGAAGUAUGGAAAAGGAGAAGCUCCAUGCAGUCAACGGUAGAGAGUGUGAAGUGCUGACAGAGAGGUGGUUGUCUGAUGAAUGUGUAAAUGCUAUUGUCAGCUUCUUCCAGAAGAAAUCAAAACUCUGAUCUUCACCAGUAGAGUAAUUUGCCAUCUGGCAGUAGCCUAAUCUGCCCUCAUAAUUAAUAAACUUCCUCUUCAAAUAGUAAUUAUUAUACCUUUUCUGUUCUGAGUACUAGGUUAAACCUGGUUCCCAAAAUUAAUACACUGUUAUGUGCCUUGGAUCCAUUGUGGAUAUUUAGGUUGGGGAAAAAGGUUGGUUAUGCUGUAGUCAUCAGUGAUGUUUAUGAGUAAUACUAAAGCAGAUAUCUUCUAAAAGAAGCAAGAGAUCCUGUAGCACUCUAUUUUGAUAGUUCUUCAAUAAAUAUCUUAUGAAUAGUUCUUUUUAUUUGUCUGUGGGGAAGGAAA